GAUUUAUCUCUUGUGACCACGAACUUCUUCAAACUACAAAACUUUAAUCUCUUCAUUCCUUUCCAUUCAAAAACUCGACACGAAAAUGUCACAAACACGAAAAAUCCGUUUCGGCGUAAUCGGCUGCGCCGACAUAGCUCGAAAAGUUUCACGCGCCAUCUCACUCUCUCCGAACGCGUCACUCUACGCCAUCGGAAGCCGCUCCCUCGAAAAGGCACAAACCUUCGCAAAAACUAACGGCUUCCCUGAUGGCGCCAAAGUGUACGGCUCGUACGAAGCCGUUCUGGACGACGAAAACGUUGACGCCGUUUAUGUUCCGCUUCCAACUAGCUUGCACGUGCGGUGGGCGGUUAUGGCUGCUCGGAAAGGUAAACACGUGCUGUUGGAGAAGCCUGUUGCUCUUAAUGCUGUUGAGUUUGAAGAGAUUACGGAAGCGUGUGAAUCCAGUGGAGUGCAAUUCAUGGAUGGUACUAUGUGGAUUCAUCAUCCUAGAACCGCUUCUAUGUUCGAAUUUCUAUCUGAUGCGCACCGUUUUGGUCAUCUUAAAUCGAUUCACACCUGUUUUACAUUUGCUGCUGAUCCCAAUUUUCUUGAGAACGACAUUCGUGUGAAGCCGGAUCUGGAUGCUCUUGGCUCUCUUGGUGAUGCAGGAUGGUAUUGUGUUAGGGCAAUUCUGUUGGCUGCUAACUAUGAAUUACCGAAAACAGUACAAGCAACACGCGAGCCGGUGCUUAAUAAAGCUGGAGUGUUAUUAUCUUGUGGAGCUUCUUUAUACUGGGAAGAUGGAAAAGUAGCAACAUUAUAUUGCUCUUUUUUGUCAAACCUAACAAUGGAUAUAACUGCUGUUGGGACAAAAGGAACACUUCAUGUUCAUGAUUUCAUCAUCCCUUAUGAUGAAAAGAAAGCAUCAUUUUAUGCAGCUUCAGAAUCAAGCUUUGAUGAUCUUGUAACUAAGUGGGCUUCUGAGCCAAACAAACAUGUAAUAGAAAACAAUCUCCCUCAGGAAGUGCUUAUGGUAAGCGAAUUUUCUCGUUUGGUGGCGGAAAUCAAAUUCAACAACUCGAAACCUGAGAAGAAAUGGCCGACGAUUAGUAGGAAAACACAACUUAUAGUGGAUGCUGUGAAGGCUUCAAUUGAUAGGGGUUUUGAGCCUGUUCAGAUUCAGGAAUGAAGGUUUGUUGUCUAAUCUGAAUACAACCUUGUGAACUUGGAACUUUGUUCUGUUGUUGCAUCGCGAAAAGUAGUUACAUUACUGGUAUGUACUUUUUAAGCAAUUUGUUGAUGUUGUGUAUGCGGUGGAAGCAUGCAAGGUUUGUAGACUUUGUAAAGACAGAAAUAAACAUUUUAUGUCUUUCAACUUCAAGGAGGGUGAUGAACUGAUGAUGCAUGAAUGGAGAUAGUUCUAAGUUCUUGCAACUUCAUUGCUAGUUUCAUUAAGUGAUGACAUAAUUUGUCACUGUGGAAAGUUA